CAGCACGUUUAAGGUAAAAUGAUCUUUAGGGUCCAUUUAGGCUACGAUUUCUUUACGAGGCCUGUGCGUGGUAUUUGAUGGCAUCUGGAGAAAGGUUUGUUUGGAUUCUGCUGGUAUCUAAGGCCUUGUUUACACUCCUAUCUAGUGCAGGUGACAGUUGUGUUUUGUGUAAAUUAUGUAAACCCGUGGUGGCUUACACUGAUAUUAAUGCCUUGCAUAUCCUGUUGUGUGUGUUUAAAAUGUACACUUCAGAUGCUGUACGUUACAAGCAGACACUCCUAUAAUUGGGUAGAACCACAGUCUGCUGCAGUCAUCCUUUUCCAGACAUAAACUGGAUAAAGACCAAGAUGUUCUGGCCAGUUUGGAAAGUGUUUUCCUCCAUUAAGGGGCCAGUAUCUGAUGUGCUCUAACAGGGAGCCAGUGAAGUGAGAUGAGUGUGUUAGUGAAGAUUGUAGACAAAUCGUGAGGCUGCGUUUUAUAUUACAUGCCGAUUACGGGGAUGGGACAUGUGGCUACCACCUUUCGAAUAGAAGCCAGAGAAGACCUUCUCCAAUCACAGGUUCCCCCUCCAGACAACGUAACAAUACAGUGCCACAAUUUCAAAACAGUGGCCUACUGGAACUACAGCCAGCCCUCUCUACAUCCCCGCUUCAUUGUGGAGCUCUUCCCUUAUGGCAGCAGCAGAGAAAAGAACAGUCGUUACUUGAAGCCAGACAGUAUAAGUGAGAGUGACUCGGUUAAGAGCUGCUUCAACAUCACGCAUCGCCACUGCAACGUGUCCGAGCCGGUCCUGCGCUCAAUCCAGCUCGGCUUCUACCUCAACGUAACAGCAGUGGUCGGAUUGAACCGGUCGGAGCCCGCUGCAUCUGCAGAAUUCACCUACAACUCAAACGAGUUUCAGGAAAAACUCUGCUUUCUGGAUUUCCCGCCCGUUAACCUGUCUAAGUCAGGCGGCAUGCUCAAACUUGAGUUCCGUCACCCCUUCGACAUCUACCGUAAGGCCCUGCGUCACGUUAAUGAUAAAAAGUACUACAAGAGCUUCACCUACGAGGUCCUAGGGCAGAACAUGCGGCUGGUCUGCGAGAGGGAGCAGGGCCUGUGCGAGGAACUCGUGUCGGCCCCCGGGGCCCAGGAGAAACCCUGCAUCCGGCUGAAAGGCACGAUGAACAACAUACACAUCGAAACCGCUGAGGAAGUCUGCCUCCAGGAGCUCAACCAGACUGCCCUAACCAUUCAACCCCCGAAAGCCUAUUCUGCAGAUAAUUGGUCCUUAAUCCUCGCCCUGGCGGGUGCUGGUGCUGCCGUGGUGGUCUUUACUGUUUGUGCGGGUCUGGUGUUCAGAAGAAAGACUAAGGGCAGCACUGCCUUCCCCAAGAUUAUGGUACGUUUCUGUGAUCUGGGGUCUCCCUCUCUCUCACACAGGGGUCAGUGGGGUCUCUCUCUCUCUCUCUCUCUCACUCACACUCACACACACACACACACGGGUCAUUGGGCUCUCUCUCUCUCAAAUUCAAAUAAAUAAAUAAAUAAUAAUAAAAUAAAUA